UCUCAAAUCUUCCCUACGGCCCUUCUCUCCCGGUUCCACUUGGAACCUGGUCCAGGCACCACGCCCCCUUCUCGCGUUGACUAGUGACCGCUCCUUUUGAUGUCCUGGCUCGCCUUUUUGGUGACCUUUGACCCUAGACUUGUGGGGUUGAUCGGGGCUUGAAUCUGCCACCUUUCACCGCUUGGCCCAAUGCAUGGUCGCAACCGAAGGAUAUGGUUGACCUGCCCUUCCUGCUUCCCCACAGUAAUUUUAAUGGAGAAGGGAGUGUACCACCCUGAAAGGAGUGUUGAUCUGCAGCAACAAAUUAUGACCAUUGUAGAUGAGCUGGGCAAGGCCUCUGCUAAGGCCCAGCAUCUUCCUGCUCCCAUAACCAGUGCAUCCAGGAUGCAGAGUAAUCGCCACGUUAUGUAUAUACUCAAAGAUACUUCAGCUCGACCGGCUGGAAAAGGAGCCAUUGUUGGCUUUCUUAAAGUUGGAUAUAAGAAACUCUUUGUACUGGAUGAUCGUGAGGCUCACAAUGAGGUAGAACCGCUUUGCAUCUUGGACUUUUACAUCCAUGAGUCACUUCAACGCCACGGCCACGGACGAGAACUCUUCCAGCAUAUGUUGCAGAAGGAGCGAGUUGAACCACACCAACUGGCCAUUGACAGACCCUCCCAGAAGCUGCUGAAGUUCCUGAAUAAACACUACAACCUGGAGACCACUGUCCCACAGGUGAACAACUUUGUGAUCUUCGAAGGCUUCUUUGCCCAUCAGCAUCCUCCAGCAAGGAAGCUGCCACCCAAGCGAGCAGAGGGAGACAUAAAGCCAUACUCCUCUAGUGACCGAGAAUUUCUGAAGGUAGCUGUGGAGCCUCCGUGGCCCCUGAACAGGGCCCCUCGCCGUGCGACUCCUCCAGCCCACCCACCCCCUCGCUCCAGCAGCCUGGGAAACUCACCAGAACGGGGCCCCCUCCGCCCCUUUGUGCCAGAGCAGGAGCUGCUGCGUUCCCUGCGCCUCUGCCCACCCCACCCCACCGCCCGCCUUCUGCUUGCUACUGACCCCGGGGGCAGCCCUGCCCAGCGGCGCCGCACCAGGUAACAGGAGCUGGAGAGUUAGGGAGCCUCAGGACUGUCAGACAGGGCAGUUAGAAGUGGCAGAGGGCAGUGUAAAUCAGACAUGAAGCAAUGGGACAGGAAGAUUGGAGACUCCUUAGAUGUUUUGAGAAUAUAUUGGAAGAUAUGUGUGGAAAUGGUCUGGAAAUAAAUUACAGUUAAGGAGCAGAAUAGGACUUAGGGGGAGCCUAGGGAUGCUAGUGCCUAGAGGAAGGUUAGGAAGAACGCAGACCCACUGGUGGGGGGGUUGGGAAAUCGUGGUUUAACACUUGCUGGGAGGGGGCAGGGUCUCUGACAAAGCCUGGGGAGCCACUGGCCCCGGCUCAGUGCCUUGUGUGGCGGGAGCCCACCCCGGCAGGCAGGGACUGGGCCUCUCCUUUAUUUCUCUCCCCAGCUUUCUCUUCACCUCUGACUUCUCUUUCUGUUUUUCUCUCCCCUCCAUUUUCCCUCUCCCCCUCUCCUGUCCAUAACAUCCUUCCCCAGUUCCCUUCCCCGCUCUGAUGAGAGUCGAUACUGACAGACUGCUAACCCCCUCCCCUCCCUGGGAGACCUGGCGAGGGUGGAGACCCUUCUCCCUGAGAACCCCAGACCCAAUCUCCCAUUGCAUCCCCCAGCAUCUAGGGGAACUUGGCAAGAACCCGUAGGAUCCCCUUUACCCCUUUCUUGGACAACUGGGUGGUCAGGGUCCCAGGUGGCCUAACACUUCAUAGCUUUUCUUACAACAGAAAGCAGCCCUUCUCUCCUAACUUGGGCUCUGAACACUCCCACAGACAGCCGAUUUGCUGCCAGGCCUCUUGGUUGGGCAGCUCAUACUAAUUAUCCAGAGAAGCACACUCUUGCUUGCUGUCAGAUUCUAGAACAUCACGGAAGGUCCAAAGGCCUCCUCUGCCAGGGAAACCUUUCUAAAAGAGUCUUGUCCAUGGAAUAAUUCCUGUAGUCCCUCUGUCUGCUGGUAGCUCUAAUACUGCUUUGUGCUACCGGCUGCAGCUACCCUAUCAGCCUGCUGACGCCAGCCACUGAACGAACUCUGCUUCGUAGCAGUCCGGUCAGGUAGGACAGGGACUUACCAGCUCCCCACGGGAUCCACUCAACAUUGCCAAACUCUUAAUCUCCACAUGUUUCAUGUAUGUGUUAAUCUGUCAGGACCCCUGAGCUGAUGUCUGCUGUGGGACUCUAGACUCACCACGCUUCUAUUGACACUACCACCUCCGCAGGUCCAGGUCCUCUGAAGGAGUCUGUUUCUUGGCAGUAGAUCCCAGCCAACACCCUAGGAUCACUCUUAGCCAAGUUUCAGAAGCUAAGCCUGAGUCUCAAGGCUCUAUUAGCUCCUGGAAUACCCUCUCACAUCCAUCCCUCCCCGGUAGCUAGAUAUGCUGAUAGAUUCCUGUCUUGUGAGAUUGUCUUGAUGAUGAUGGGGGAACUCUUCCUCUGGCCUUCCUCUCUUCUUUCCUCCAUAGCAAGAAUCCUCCCCUGCUCCAUACCCAGGCUAUAGAAAUCCUUCCCUCCCUACCCUCUGGAUGUGUGCUAGUUCAGGUACCCCUAAUGUGUUCCCCCAAAUCCUUGGGAGCAGGAUCUCCCUCUUUUCUGACUCACUCCUCCUUUUUCUUCUCCCUCUCAGUGUUGUCUGAAUAAAGCGUGAACUCUUUUGUGUUUUUUAAAUGGACAUUUUCAAUGAAAAAAAAAAAAAA